AUGAAUUUUAAGGUCCUACAACGACCCUGGGACCAGUCAAGCAGAAUUUUCUUUGGCACUCCACAUUUUGGCGCCGACAGAAACCAGUGGCUUUCCAUUGCGAAGGCCUUGGGGAAGGUGUCAAGUAAAGCCAAGGGCGAGCCGUCGACCCUGGUCGAGGCCAUGACGCAGAACUCGCGGGGCCUGGUCGACAUCAGCGAGGAUUUCGUCCACGUCGCGCCAAAUUACACCAUCAAGACGGUGUAUGAGACACAAAAAAUGAAAAGCACAGGCCAGCUGGUUGUCCCCAUGAUGAGCACACGCAUGUUUGGUCUCCAACAGGAGGAAAUGCCCAUUGAAGCCGACCACCUCUCCAUGUGUCAGUUCAAUGAUAAAGACCAUCCUGGUUUCGAACUUGUCUGUUCAUUCAUCCGAAAGGUAAUCAAGAAGGUGCCUGAGCCCCGAGUUUCAGAACGGCCGAUUCAAAUGGACCAAACUCCUAAGAUUCGGGUCGGCAACAUCCUGGGCCGGCCGAUCUAUAUCGACACUCCUCCCAUGCACCAGGGGUCCGCCAACCCUACCGGAAACACUCGGAGCAACAUGAAUGGGUUGCCCUCCGUUAUGCCGAGUCACGAACAACCUCUUCUCCCGGACCCUGAAAAUCGCGACCUCAGCACCAAAGCCCAACCGGCGACAGUCCCGUUAGCUCUCCCUACCCCCACCCCACAACCAUUGCGUCUGGACAUGGCAGUUCCUCGUGUGGUUCCCAUUGAGUGGAAAUUAGAGGAUGCGGUUAAGCUACUGCAGAAGGAUAUCCCAGUUCCUCGAGUGGUUCCCGUGGAGUGCGAAUCGGAGAAGGCGGUUAAGCAGUCGCGUUGGUCCCACUUCUCUCGGAUGAUGGGAGGCAGGAUUCGGUACAAGGGGUGA